UUUAUAUAUAGUGCACUCUUAGAUGGACUCGUCCUUGAAGAUAAGAUUCUUGAAGCAGAGAUGUUAUUCAAGAAGCUCGUCAAACAAAAACUUUGUGAACCUAAUGUUGUUACGUACAGCACAAUGAUUAAAGGCCUUUGCAAGUUCGAUUAUAACGUUACAGCAGUUGCUUUGCUCAGGCUAAUGGAACAAAAAAACUGCAAGCCUAGUAUUGUUACAUAUAGCACCAUCAUUGAUAGUCUUUGCAAGGAUAAAAUGAUGGAUGAUGCUUUGAAGCUCUUAAAAGAAAUGGUAUCUGACAAAGGUAUUCUACCAAACGUCAUCACCUACACUUCUUUAAUUCGUGGUCUUUGCAACUUGGGUCGUUGGGAUGAGGCCUCAAAGAUGCUAAAAGAAAUGGAGGAUGAGAAGAUUGCUCCAAAUGUGAAAACCUUUACUGCAUUAGUUGAUGCAUUUUGCAAGGAAGGUAAAGUAGAAGAAGCUGAGGCUGUUAUCAACAUCAUGAUUGAGAGAGGUGAGGUUCCAAACAUAGUGACGUACAGUUCACUUAUUGAUGGUUACUGUCUUCGAGGUGAAAUGAUCAAAGCAAGGGAGAUUUUUGAUUCAAUGACACUUAGAGGUCUCGUUCCCAAUGUUGUUACUUACAGUAGUUUAUUGAAUGGGUAUUGCAAGAAUCUGAAUAUUGAGAAGGCUGAGCAAAUGUUUCGUGAAAUGUCCGGAAAAGGUUUAAAACCCGAUGUAGUUACUUACAGCACCAUGAUACAAGGAUUGUUUCAGGUUGGGCGUUGUGUAGAUGCAUGCAAACUCUUCAAUGAGAUGCAUGCACAAGGCCUAGUUCCAAACCAAUGCACUUAUCGAAUAAUUUUAGACGGUCUUUGCAACAACCAUCUAGUAGAAGAUGCACUCUCUUUGUUCCAGUUAAUGGGUGAUAGCAAGCUUAAUUCUGAUAUUGUUGUGUACACUAUCCUCAUUGAUGGGGCAGGAAAAUGUGGGAAAUUUCACAUUGCAAGGAAUCUUUUCCAUGAAUUAAUAGAUAAAGGCUUGCAACCUGAUGUCAGGACAUAUAAUGUGAUGAUUGGUGUUUUUUGUCGCGCAAGUCUAUUGGGGGAAGCAAAGUUGUUGUUUCUUAAAAUGGAAGAGAGUGGCUACCUACCAAAUAAUGUUACUUACCGUGUUUUACUCCAAGGAUAUCUAAAGAACAGGCUCUAUGAUGAUGUGGAGAUGCUUUUACAGGAAAUGGAUGAUAGAGGUUACUCACUUGAUGCUUCGACUUUAUCGUUAUUUAUAGAUCAGAUCGCAGCUGGUUUACUAGAUAGAAGUAUGCUUAAGCUGUUAGGUAAGCUUGUGCCAAAAGAAUUAAUGGACGAUCCUAGCUUGUGCGACUGGGACUGA